GUCACCACGUCUUGGCCUGUCGUGAAGAAGGGUAUUGGAUACUUCGAAAUCGGGCAUUGUCCUCUGUACAAAGAUCAACGCCGAACAGAAACGACUUUCGGCUGGAGGAACACAUACUAUUGCUACGAAACUAUGGCAGAGGGAAGUGUGAGCUUGGAGUCGACCCCAGGUGAGGAUCAAACCGAUCUGGGGGUCAUCAAAAGUCUUGAGAGCCAGGUCGAAAACCUGAAGGAUGAAAUGGAAAAGUUGAAGAAAAAAACCAAUGAAGAGAAAGAGCGCCAGAACAAAGUUAACGAGGAGCUCAACGAGAGAUUGCGAGACCAAUAUCGGAAGGAGAAAGAUGGCAUCGAGAAAGGUCACAAGGAAGCUAUCUUGAAGGUCAAAGCUGACCUUGAUCGGAAGUUAAACACAGCCCGGGAGGAGAAGCAGGAAGUGGAAAAGCUUUUGACAAAAGAGAGAAUGGCAAAGGAAAGUUUGUUGUUGGAGUACCAAAAGGAAUCGACGAAGAAAUCGGAGGAUUUUGAUGCGUUGAAGAAUGACAUGGAAACGAAGUUACGCCAGGAGAUCACAGACCUUCGACGAAUCAUAGCAAGUGAAGAAGAGGAACGUAAUAGAGAAUCGGAGGCUAGUAAACAUGAAUUUGUAGCUUUAAGGGCGCAGCUUGUUGAGUCCGAGUCAAAGUCUGUAGUUGCGAAAGAGGAGAAGGAGAGUUUAGAAGAGGAACUUCAGACAUUGAAGGCUAGGCUGGAAACGGUGCUAAAGAACCAAACCAGGCUUGAGCAGGUCAUCCAAACCAAGGAGAUUGAAAUCGAAGGUCUAAAAAUCGAGCUUUCUGAAAGAGAGAAAGCGUCGGCUGAGGGAAUAGGGCAAGAGAUGAGGAAAGAAUGGGAGGAGCUUAGAGAGAAGGCACGAAAAAGUGAAGCCGAUUUGAAAUACUGGAAGGAGACGGCUCAAGAUCUUGAACAGAAGUGCUUAAUGUGGAAGGCAACUAUACCAAGGAUUGAAGAGGACGUGAAGCGCGUACAAGAGGAAAAUGACUGCUUAAAAAAUGAACAUGAGAACCGUAUUGAAGGUUUAGUUAAAGAACACAAGGAGGAGAUGGCAGCUGUUCACGCCGAACAUGAACAAAGUCUCCACGUUCUACAACAAGAGGCGGAUGAUAUUGUAGCUACGGUGAAAGACGAAUUACUUGGUGAUCUUAAAAACGAGAAAGAGAGUUCUUUCGAGGACAAGGAAAAGUUGGUAGCGGAGCACGUGACUGCAAUCGAGGAGCUGAGGGCACAUUACGAAGCACUGUUAGUUGAAAAAGACAAGCAGCAAGCUCAGUUUGAGCAGAUUUCGGCCGAUCGGUUGGACGAACGUGAAAAACGAUUGAAUGCUGAUUCGAAGAAGACCAUUGCAGCCAGGGAAGAGAAAAUUGCUACCCUUGAGAGAGAAAUCAAGGAGAAAAAUGAGCAGUUGUUGACUAUGAGAGAUAAACUCAAUCAAGAGUACAUCCAGUCAGCUGAGCUCGCCCGCAGAGAGCAUAACGAGCAGAGGGUAUCUCUCGCAGAGGAAUAUGAGAGGUCUAGAAAUGACAUCAAGCAAAAUAAUGAGAUUGUUUCUAAGAAUUUAGAAGAUAGGAUAGCUGAGUUGAAGGCCGAGUUGAGUGGUUGUCGGGAUGAGAUCAAAAGCGAAGUUGCUAGACUAACCAAAGAAAAGGAGGAUGCUCUUGCAGCAGCCAGGGAGGAGCUACAAGACCAGUGCAAUGAGUUUGAGGGGCGCAUCAAACAGCUUGUGGACAAUCACUCCUCAGCUAUGGAGUUGGCGCGACAGAACCAUGUUACACUGCUUGAAAAUCUCAAAGAGGAAGCAUCGCAAACAAAAGCUGACGAAUUGGGCAAAAUGGCUUGUGAUUAUGAAAAGAAGUUAGACUCGGUUUCGGAGGAGCGGGAAAACCUUAAAAGCGCGCUAGGAGAGAAACACCGUCAAAGCCAGAGGGAGAUUGAAAAUUUGAUGGGGUCUCAUGAAGAGGUUAUGAGAGAGGAAGGGGAGAAGCAGAAGAAUUUUACGAAGCUUUUGAAAGCGCAGGCUAAGGAGUCUUCUGAUGACAUGAUACGAUUCUUGAUUGGAAGCCACUCGACUGAGAAGCGUGAUCUUGUGAAUGAAUUGGGUAAAUCUAGAGAGGACGUCAAGACUGCGUUGGAGACCAAGGAUAGGGAAUGCAAGGAGCAGCUAGCGGUCUUACGUGAGGAGUUUCGAGAGGAGACUCUGCAAGCUGAAAAAAGGCGAACACAAGAACUGAAUUGCAAAGCCCUGGAGUGGGGGAAAAGGGAAGGUGAACUGGUACAACUCAUCGAAUCUUUGAAAGCUUUAGUUGCGAAACUUGAACAGAAGCAUGCCACAGAGGAAUCCGAGGAGAUCAAAAGACUGGAACUAGUUUCUGGAGGACUCGAGAGUGAAAUGGAGAAGAUGAAAAAGGAGCAUGUAACUGAUGUUGGGGAAUUGAGAGCGAAAUUCUGGGAAGAAAAAAGGAACUAUGAGUCGGUGGCUCAGGCUGAGCGUGUUGAAAAUGACAAGAAGCACAUGAACGCUCUGUGCAGUCUCGUGGAGGAGGUGAACAAGUCGCAGGGAAAGUUAGACCAGAAGGAACAGCUCGCGGAAACAUUGAGGGCGGAGGUUAGGCAGUUGGAGAAUUCGUCAAAGGAUUCUGGGGCUUUGAAAAAGGAGCUUGAGGGAAAGAUUGAGCAGCUUGAGGGAAAGAUUGAGCAGCUUCGAUUGGAUGUGGCGGCCAAGGCCGAGGAGUUUAAAGCGGUUGGAGAGGAGAGGGACAGAGUACAGACGGAAAUUAAAGAGAAGCAGCUAGAGGUCACGAAACUACUGGGCCUGGUCAGCGGUCUCAGGGAAGAGAAAGAGACGGAAAGAAAUCGUGCAGAUAGCGCGCUUGCAGAAUUGCAGGAUGUCAAUUCGGGUUUGAAAUUAGACAAGUAUGUCCAGACAGAGAUUGAAUCGAGCAGCCAAAAUGGUGCUGGUAGUACUUCAAAGACGAAGAAGACGGUUGUGAAGAGAUUGUCCAAGUUCUUCCACCGGAAGCGUAAGCCUCAGGUUAAGAGGGUCAGCAGUACAUGUAUUUCGAGGAGGGUAUCAAGAAGGGCAUCAGUCUCCAAUGAGAAGUUGGGGGAGGAUAACGCUUGGAUGAACGGAGGUCCCGGGAUAGAGGUUCGUGACACUGCAUCACUCUUAAACGAAGCUGCUGGAGGAAAGAGUGUUGCAUCUUAAAACGUUAAUCUUCCGUUUUGGAAAUUUCCUUCACUGACGGACAGUUUUGAUGGGCUGCUAAAGUUAUUACUUCGAUUCUCAUUUGCUAAGUACUUGUCACAUGUGUAUCUUUUUCUACACUUAGUUGCAAGAGAAAUCGAGGAAGUUUUCAAAACAAGUCGUUGAUGAUGUACAAUAUUUUGUACUUCUUCGUUCGUAGCUCUUCGUUCGGCAUGCGAAACCUGCCUUUUAUAAUAUAUCACAGCAAUUGGUACAUGUUUUCGAUAGAGUGCACCCUGUAGAGAUGACGGAUCUAUAUUUCCUGAUCAAAUGGUGCCUGUAAAAAAAUCCUACUUAAAAUCAGUUCAAAAUCACUUGAAAACAGUUCAGAGCUGCGACUUUCUCCUCAGUCAACGUCGAACUGAGGUCUCCGACAAGAUUAAUUAAAAAAACUAAUUCAAUGAGAUUAUAACAUAAAUUGAAUGUAUAAAUAUCCAUGGAUACGAAGAGUUCAGAUGCAAAAACCAAUUAAGUACAUUUGAGGUUUUGCAAACUUUCUGCUGUGAAUGAAAUGGUUUUUGUAUUCAAAAUGACGUCUCUUUGCAGGAUUAACAUACGGAUCGUGCGGGUUUCCCUUGAAACGGUCCCGUAUAUAGUAUGUGGGGCCAGGGUAUCCCCAGCUACGUUUCGCCACAGUUAAACCUUAUUUUCUUCGGAAUGGCCUUUAAAGUAUUUUGCAUCUGAACUCAUGAGCAUUUUAUAGUAAUCAAGAUUUAACUGAAGGUUUAAUACCAAAAAAUGUAUUCUUUAUCGCCAAAGGGGUGAUCGCUUAGUGUUUAGUUCAACUAAUGUAAUGUCUUUCAGUACUUUUGUGGUGAUUUUAUCCACAUUCUGCAUACAUAUUAAUCAGAGCACCGCAUGACAUGACGUUGUGAUACAAUAAAGGUGUACGCCGUUCGUAAUUACUGGUGGUCCAAGAAAAUAGAAAUGCAGUUAUACAUAAUGCUGUAGUACAGUUAUUAUGCAUACGAAUUUGCUGAAACUUGGUAUUUUUAGUAUGUGCAUGAUGUUUACACAACGGCAAUGCUGAAAUUUAGUACGUAUUUACGAAAUUUGAAAUUUUCAGACUUCAGUUUCAAAUUUCAAAUUUUCAACGAACGGCGUAGGCCUUUAAACACGUAGUUGCUUGCCUGCCGGUCUGUCUCCUGUGGUAAUUACCCUUAAUAAAGUACUUGAAUCCAU